AUAUGCCAAAGAUUAGUGGAGGAUCAUGACAUUCAAGAUGUUGUGGUGAAGAUGACCAAAGAGUUUUUGACUAAUGAAGACGUUCUACAGGCAGGCCUUGUACUGCUGGCAGCUCUAUCCAAAGAAGAAAAUGUGAGAUAUUUUUUGGUGAAGUCAGGCUAUAUCAAUGACGUGGUGUCCUCUACGAUGCUGAAACUUCCGGCCAACGUAAAGAUACAGUUGGCAGGUCUCACCAUUGCAGAAAAUACUGUUCCAACAAUGUUGACCUCUGUCCAGGGUGGUAACCAAGGAAAAACAUGGCUAAAAAGUGUGUACUAUUCGAUGUCCAAACACAUUGAGCAGGUGGAUAUUCAAGUGAUGUGCAAUAAACUGCUUGUGAAGCUGAUAAAACAUUGCCCUGAUUUGUGCCGAUGGAUUGGAGAAGACCGAGAGGAGCAGGAAGAUCCUAUCCAUACCCUUGUCCUGGGAACCCUGCUGAUGUAUGGCAAAAACAAGGAUAUUUGUGAAUCUGCAUGUGAUGCUAUAUACUGGCUGUGUGCUGACAAUGAAAACAUUUGCAAGCUGUUGAUGGACAAGAAUGCUUAUAUUGCUGUUGUGGAGCGGUUGAAAUCUCUGCGUCACGAUCCCAGAAUUGUGGAGGCAUGCUGUAAAGCUUUGCGGGGACUCUGCAUCUUCAGCGAAAAGAAUAAAGAGCAGGUGUCUGAUUAUAACGCCUUGUCUUACCUCAUCCCUUUGAUUGAGUCAUAUGCUCUAGACCUCGGGGUCCAGCUGGAAAUAUUCUCUUUAAUUGCAUGUCUUGCAGAUGUCAGUGAAGUAAGGAAUCAGUGUGUCAGAGAAGGUGUUCAGCGUAAGGUUCUGGCUGCCAUGGAUACAGUGCAACAUAGUCCAAUCCUCCAUGAGGUCGCAAUAGAAACUCUGACAGUGUUAUGUGGAGCAGCCAGUGGGCCACAAGUUUUAAACUACUCGGAGUCACUGAGGCGUGUAGUCAACACAAUGACACUGUUUCCUAACAACGUUUACAUACAGAAGAAAGGGCUGAUCUUGAUGCAGCUACUGUCUGAUGAAAACCAGCUGGAAUUGGAGGACCAGUGUAGGAGACUUGCUAAAACGGUUGAUGAAGCAAUGAGCCGUUUUCGCUCCAACCUCUCGAUUCAGGCAGAGGGAUGUGUGGCAUUACAGCUUCUUUCAGAGAAGAGCAAGUUGAUGAGUUGUGUGAUUGUUGAGCAGGGUUGUCAUCAGACACUGUUCCGUCUUCUCUCCCAGACAGAUGAUAGUAGUGGAAUUCCAGACCUAGCCAGUGAGUGUCUGUAUAACCUUGGCACUGUGGGAAACCUAAACUCAAAAAUGCUGCUUUCCAUGUGUGAGAGCGGCCCUCUUGAGGCUGUGGAAUGUCUUGUGGAGCUUGGAGCUGAUGUCAACUAUGGCCAAGGCAGGUGUGCCCCACUCUGCUUGGCGUGUCAGAGGAAUGAUGAAGAUAUGGUCAGGUUUCUCCUCCGACAGGGUAUCUCUGACAUACAGACAGCCUUAAAGUUGAGCAUGGACAACAAGUCACAUGUGAUCACGGGACUCCUGCUAAAAUAUCUGGGCCAUGAUCGCGAAGGUGGCAUUGUGUCAUGGGGCAACCUUGGGCUGGGUGACCUUCAGCCGGAGUGGUUGGCCCCCACUGUAGUAGAGGAACUGAUUACACCAGAAAUGUCCGAUGCUGGGCGCAAAAUGGCAGUAAAGGUCAAAAGCAGUGAAGAAAGAAUUGAGAAGCGGCUGCAUUUUCUGAAAGACAAGCCACUUCUGCUGGAUCAUACCUUAUAUCGAUACCCCAGGGAAAGAUUAGAGGGAAUUGGACAUGCUCUGUCUAACACUGAUCUAGGAACCAUAGGUUCCAGUCCCACCACAAAGAGACUUGACCUUCCAACUACAAAGAGGCCAGGCAUUAAGAGACUGUUUGCCCCUAAGCGGCCUAGGGGUGGAACAGGGGACUCAAGUCAGACUCGAGAAAGCACACCUGUCGGGACACCUACAGAGGAGAAAUACCUUUUGUUGGAUGAAGGAGAUGUAUACCCCAGCUUCAAGCUAAUGGAUGGCGAGUAUGAAGACUGGAAAAACACCACUCUAUCUGGAUCCAAUGUGCCCUACAGCCUGAAUGAUCCCAGGCUGACCCCAGACCAGACAUUCCUCCCUGUGACCAUCAGAGCUGUUCAGGCAUCGUGGAAACGCAAGGAUACUUCUCCAGAGAGUAACCCAUUGCUGGCAGAAUCCAGCCUCUUUCUCAAUCUAACGGUGUCGGCAGAGUCUGGGUACUUCUCUUUGAGUUCCAGCAUGGGGCGCCCAAGGAGAGGAAGAAGAAGAGCCAUGGCCUGUGGCAGGCUUUGUGAAUGUUGUCGGUUGAGGCCUAGUCUACCAGCUAUUCCCACAUUCUCUGAGGUACCAGCCCCUGCCAAGAUAUUCAGGCAAAGAAGGGCAUCAAGAGGUGCCCUAGGAAGUAUUACAGAGAGGACAUUUGAAGAGCUCUCCGCUGAUUUCAGAAGGAAGAAACAAGAUGGUUCUGAUCCAGAACUGCCAAUAACAGGUCUACCAAGAAGGUCAACAUUCCUGGUUCCUGUUCCAACUUCAAAUGUCAAUCCAGAGGAAGAUAAUGUGAACCGAAAAAGAUCGAACACUCUAGGAUCUUUGCCUUCGUUUGCACCUGUGGAGACCAGAGUCACCUGCCUGGAUGUUUCAGCCAAUAACAUUCGCUCCUUGUCUUUCCUGGUCCUUGCUGGCUCUGGACUUCUUGAGAGCAUGAACUCUUUAGAAAAACUGGAUCUUAGCAAAAACUACCUUGAAGACGUACCAAGUGAAUUCCUCAAGUAUUUGACAGAACUGAAGUGUCUGGAUUUGAAGAGUAACAAUCUUGACAUUUUUCCCAUGGGAGUGUUUCAGUGUGCAUCAUUGACAAUUUUGGAUUUGUCUCACAAUAAGAUUUCACUCAUCAAUAGUCACAUGUUUGGAGUCUCUUUUGCUAUCCGAGAAUUGAACUUGUCUUACAACCAGCUUCCUGAGUUCCCAAUGUGGGUAGGAGAAUGCAUGCCUGGCCUUGAGAAAUUGUUCUUAGCUGGGAAUAAAAUCCAGAGUUUGCCUGAAGCACCAUUGAUGUUGAAACGCUUAAAAAAGUUGGAUUUUUCCCACAACUACAUCAGACAGAUUCCAGAAGUAUUUCUCUCAGAGUGUAACCGUUUGGAGAUACUUGAGGCCAUGAAUAACCAACUCGAGAAACUGCCCAGUGAGGACAUUGCCAAAAAUUUAGUCCGACUAAACAAGCUCUGUUUAAGUAAGAACAAUCUGUCAGAAAAAGAGCCUCUGUUUGUGCCAAAGUUCAUCUUGGAACUUCCAAGCUUGAGAUCCGUGAAUCUGACUGAGAAUGGAUUACAAGGAUUACCUCCCCCUGGUUUAUGGAAGACUUCGCUAUUGAAGGAGCUGAUGGUUUCUAGAAAUAACAUCAAAGAGUUGAAUCUGGAGAACUGUGGAAAGGCUUGGCCAUGCCUCGAGACAUUUCACAUUGCGCACAAUCAGUUGUCUGAGCUUCCAAAGGAAAUUGGCAAUUUGACAUCAUUGUCAUCAUUGUUUUUCAACCACAACAAAAACUUGACAACUUUGCCUGAUGAACUGGGUAGAUGCUCUAAACUAUGGGAGAUGCCCUUAGAUGGUCUUAUGUUGGAUUUGGACCAAGCUUUGCUAAGGUCUAGGGUCAAAGAUCUUAUCAUCUAUCUUCAUCAUAAACUCAAAAAGGCAAGACGCCAUUACCGCAUGAAGAUGAUAGUGGUUGGAUAUGGGGGGAAAGGGAAGUCCAGUUUACUGCGAUCCGUGGUGAGGAAGAAGCAGCCUGACAAGAGCGUAGCCACUGUGGGGAUAUUGGUGGGCGACUGGAAAUAUGAACGAAAGACAAGAGAAGGAAAAGUGCAACAGUACACGCUGAGUACUUGGGAUUUUGCAGGCCAGGAAGACUUCUACAGCUCCCAUCAGUGUUUUCUCUCCAACAGAGCACUUUAUCUUGUGGUUUAUAAGAUAAAUGGAGGAGAUAAAGAAAUUAAUCAGUUGAAACCAUGGCUGCUGAAUAUCCAGUCUCGAGCACCUGGCUGUCCUGUGAUUGUCGUUGGCACCCAUGUUGAUCAGCUGCCAUCAGAUAGUAGAGGAGAGGUAAUACAGGAUAUGCGAGAGAAAAUUGGAAAGCUCAUCACCAAUCCAGGAUUUCCGCAGCUCAGUGGACUGAUUGAGAUUGAUGCUACAUCCCGAGACUCCUCCUCCAUGGACAGAUUACGGAACGUCAUCAAAAUGGUUGUUGAUGAGUAUAAAAUCCGAGGCCAGCCUGUGAUGGGACAGAAAAUCCCAGCAAGUUAUGUGAGGUUGGCUGAGCUGAUAACAGAAGAAGCCAAAAGUCUCUCCACAAGUUACCCGGUGAUACGACAUAACAGGAUGAAGAAGAUUGUGAAGCAGUCAGAGUUAGACAUGGACGAAGAGGAAUUGCAACAGGCAGUCCAUUUUCUUCAUGAGUGGGGCAUUCUGAUCCACUACAAUGACACAACACUGCAGCUGAAGGACUUGUACUUCAUAGACCCUGGUUGGUUGUGUCGUAUGAUGGCACAGGUUGUCACUGUGCGCGAAAUCAACCCCUUCAUUACCAAGGAUGGUCUGAUGAAAAAGUCAAAUGUGAAUAUGCUGUUCACCGGAAGAGCAGUAGAUGGAGAGGUCCAUUACACUUAUCCCCCCAGUCUUAUUCCUCAGUACCUCAGACUUUUGGAAAAGUUUGAGAUAGCCUUACCUCAGAAUGAUGAAGAUCUGCUUAUUCCAUGCCGGUUGCCAGUGCAGAGACCAGGAAUCACAAUACCAAAGUCAGAGAAAACAGGUCGGAUAACCAGAGAGUAUCACAUGCCGUACAUUCCAAUGGGAUUCUGGGCCAGGCUACUGGCUAGACUCAUUGUAUUCUGCCACAAAAUGGCCGAAAAGAAUUCUAUGGUGUAUUGGAGAGAGGGUAUUUAUGUCCACUGGUCAGAUGAUAAAUACUUCUUGUUGCAACCCAGUGAUGGUGACAAGGACUUCUUUAAGAUUCUGGUGCCAGCUAGCCGUGGAGGUAGCAGUUUAAUGGGUGUUGUUGUUGACCAUGUGGAUGCCCUAAUCGAGGAAUGGUUCCCAGGUUUGACAACAGUUGACCCCAUUGGGAGAGAACUUUUGCAAAAGUUUGUGCCCUGUAGUUUUUGUAAAGGGACUGAGCCCCACCUGUUUCCAUUGGGUGACCUCCUGGAAAUGGCUGACUCUCAGAAAACUGCAUUUUGUCCAGUUCACAAUGGAGAAGUGCCAUUAUCUUUGCUGGCUCCAGACAUUAUGCUGAGUGACAUGGAGUCAAAGUUCAAGCUUAACCUAGACCAGUUUAUCUAUGUUCCCAGCCCACAGUACCUGAUUGGAGAUGGAGGGUUUGGUUCUGUUUACAGCGCACAGUACAGAGGACAGGUGGUAGCUGUGAAGACAUUCAACUUUUUGAUUGGCGAGAUCCACCCGCAUAAGCUGUUGAGGCAAGAGGCCACCAUUCUCAGUAAACUCCGACACCCUGGUGUAAUCUCCCUGUUGGCAGUAGAGAUAAAGCCAAGAGUAAUGGUGAUAGAGUUUGCUCCCCUUGGCUCUCUGGGAGGACUUCUCAAGGCACACCACACUCUGAGCCGUGGACUUCAGCAUCGGAUUUCACUGCAGGUAAGCGAAGGCCUGGCUUAUCUCCAUGACAACAUGAUCAUGUACAGAGACAUGAAGCCAGACAACAUUCUGCUGUUUAAUCUGUCACUAAGCAACCAGAUCAAUGUGAAACUGUCAGACUAUGGUAUCUCUCGAUUGGCUACGCUGUAUGGACUUACUCUACAAGAAGGAACUCUGGGAUAUCGUGCUCCAGAGGUUGCACGUGGAGAGACAUAUUCUUUCUCUGCUGAUAUCUUUUCACUUGGCAUCACGUUGUAUGAGCUGAUGUCAGGAGGCAAUCACCCAUUUGAAGAGCUGGAGUACCGCUGUGAGAUGGAUAAAGCUAUUGUCGAGGGUAAGCCCAUUCCUCCCCUGAAGGUAACAGCAUCCUGGCCGGACAUGCAAGAUCUGGUGACAGACUGCAUCCAACAGAUCCCAGAUCGAAGGCCCCUGUCUCGCAUGGUCUAUGAGAGGUUAACAAGCCCGGAGUUGUUGUGUUUAAAGCAAGUCAUUCCCAUAUCGACAGGGGUCACUGUGGAAAGUAUUGCUAUUCGGUCCAGUGGGGAAGACCGGCUGGAGGCAUGGAUAGGGAGCGGAGACAAGGACUGUGUCCAGCUCUCCUGGAUCAGCCUGGCAGGCACUAAGAAGGAUGUUCAGGGCAUGAUAUUCAGUGACAGUCGGAUUCUGUGCUUGUUGGCUCUGGGGCCUGGCCAUGUGUUAGUAGGCACACAGUCAGGGCGAGUGUGGGUGUAUGAUGCCUGUCAGUACAGGUGCAAACAUUCCUUACUUCAGCUCACUGAUGCUGUACUCUGCAUGCAGGUGGUUCAGGGAAACAAUGGAGAAGAGAGUUUGCUAGCUGGAUUGGCUGAUGGAAAAUUAGCUGUGUUUCCAGUAUCUGAAGUCAUACAGAAUGCUGAUACUAACCCUACCAUGUUUGACUUGGGGCAUGAUUAUGAGCCAAUCAAAUGUAUUUGUCAGCAUAGCGGAAAACUGUAUGUGUCUUGCGGGUCGAAUCUCUUCUGCCUGCGCUAUGACUUCAAGGUUGCCAUUGAGACCAUGUGGAAGACAACAGGAGAAAGUAACAACAGAGGAAGUACUAUCACAAACAUGGUAAUGGGGAAGUUUCUGUUCAUUUCCAAGAAGGGAUCAAGUAUUGUUGAAUCUUGGGAUGUUGCAAGAGAGAAACUCAGAGACAUGGUGGACAUUAUUAGUGUACUCGGGCUUGUUGAAGACAUUGCUGAUGUGGCAAGAGUGACUUCUCUUUGUCUUCAAAACAACAAGGUGCUAUGGGUGGGGACAGGCGGAGGUCAUGUGAUUCUACUGGAUGGAGCCACGCUGAAGCCACUUAUCGUGACACAUCGAUAUACAAGCUCAGUGCGGUGCAUUUCUGUGACAAGACCAACAGAAAACUUCAAAUCAUCCAUUGUGUUAACUGGAGGCCUUGGUUUCAGAAGCACAUCAAAGUUUGACAUUGCCAGAGAGGACCAGUUUGGUUGCUUGGCAGUGUGGGAUGGAGAUUUUGCUAACCAGAUCAAAAGUAUGAGAGAGGAUCUGAAGAAAAGACAAGACUUGGUGGAGAAAUAUGCUAAUCAGACAGAAUAAAGACAGUUGAUGUUAGAAUUUAAUCUUUCGUCCAACGGACACAUUGUACAGGUAUAAAGGCAUAAUGUACCAAGGCAUUACAUUUCUGGGCUGACAGUCAACAGUCUAUGGCAGAGGCAAAUAGGGUUGGGGAAAUAAUUUACUUUUAUGUGCGUUGUACCUGGAUUUACCUGUAUGCUGCUUUAUAAUUUAUGAUUUGAUGCACUACAGUAGCCCUAACCCCUCUGUCUAGCCACAUGAAGGUAUUGAUGUUAUUUCUGAAGCUGGUCUUCAUUAGGGGUUCAAGCCUUUUAAAAUAGCACAGUACAUUGAUCUUCUCUGCUGAUUGUUGCCUAUAUGUAAUGUCUGAGAGAUUUUGAAAACUGAAACCUUCUACAGCUGGGAUUGUUUCAGAAUUGUCAAAUGCCAAUAACUUUUACAGAAAUGGACAGGAAAGAUACAAUUUUUAUUAUUUCUCUGUUAAUCAUGCAGUGAACUUCUGGAUCUGUAAAUUUUGCAUAAUUAGACACAGGCAAAGCACUGAGAGUUUUGUGUCAGCAUUUGUGAGUGUAGGAUGUAGGAUGAACAUUUCACCUGUGUUACUGAUGUUGCCUUGGCCCACAAAGAUUUAGUGAUUAGCUAAAAUAUUAGCUACAUGUAGAAUUUUUCCUUUGGUCUACAUGUGUGUAGGUGUAUAAAGAACACCUUGUUUAAUUGUGCAAUAUACGUGUAACAGUAUAGCUUCAAAAGCUUUUGCAAAAUAUCACCCAUGUAUUUAAAAUUUCCUGCAUGUUCAACUGUACCAGAAGUUAAAACACCUGGAUGAACAUUUUCUGAAUGAAAAGUACAUGUAGCUUCAUCCUUUGGGGGGAAUAUUUUACCUGUAUUCCUGAGUAUCUUAUUCCAAAGAAUGGUUUGUGACCUUUUUUUUAUGUUUUUUUCCCUAGUAAAUUGGUCAAGUUUUAUGUCCUGCAAAAUGUAUUGAUCAGCUAUACAUGCGUAAUGUGUGUAAAAAAUUGCUCUGGUUGAAUUUGUGGGAAUUACAUGUACCUUUUUUUUUUACAUCUUUUUCUCAUGCAUGUUUUUCAAAUCUACAUGUUUUAGAUUUGUAGCAUGGUAACUAUGGAAGUUGCUGAAUUAUGUAUUUUAUUCUUAUUGUAUACUGGAGACAUUUUUACAGUACAUAAUUGUAUUCAUUAUUCAAGAGGUAACCUGGUAGCUGUCCAAAACUUGGUGUUUAUGUGAAUUAUUCGGUUAAUUACUAUUUCUGAGAUUGUGAUUUUCUAUAUGAAGUAGAUGUUAUCAAACUUUUUAAUUCAACAUAGAAAUGGUAGUAGCAAAUGAAGGUUGGGGCUCUUUGUGAAAACUUAGUGCUACAUGUAGUUUAUAGCUCCAGUCUUUAUGGGUUCUCCAUUGUCACAAUAAAGUUCUUAUAUUAAAUGGAUUUCACAGUAACAUUUAUUUAUAUAUGUGUACCGGUAGUUUACUUAUGAGGCUUAUUUUUUUAAGGCUCUGUUGUUCUAUAUGUACGUUGCAUAAUGGGUUUUUUUUUUUUGAGUAAUAUAUUUCUUCAGAUACUUUAUCGCAAAUACUUCUUUCAGUCAGUUUGCUGAGUGUGUACAUGUCGCUUUUAUUAAUUUCACAUGGUUGUUGAUCUUGCCUCUGUGCCUCGAGAGAUUUUGAUGUAAAAAGUUAAGUGUCUGACAUUUUUAACCAGAUAGUUAUUAGUCAUAUGGUUUUUGAGGAUCAUGAAAUGUUAUUUGAGCUGAGAAACACCUGUGAUGACCAGAGUGCUUACAUGCCAUCUAUAUGCCUGAUUUUACUCUGAUUUUGUUUUUACUUUGCAUGUACUAGGACUUAAAGAACUGUAAGGACAUGUGAGUAAAAUAAAUUAAUAUGCCAGAAAGGAACAGGUAAUCUUGGUAGAAUCCUCCUUAAUAAUAGAAGCCAUGUAAAUGAAAUGGGUGCAAUGGAUACAGGAAAUUGUAUAUGCCAUCAUAAAAAACUUUCAGUCUUAUUUUCCUCUGGGAAUAUUUUUAAUUAUUUUGGUUAGAUUUUAAGUUUAAAUGAUUUACCCUCAAGUGCUAUUUUGAUUACAGUUUUGUUGCCAUAAACACUUUACAUGUAAGUACUGAAACUGUGAUGCAAGGCCUCCAGAGCUUAAUGCAGACAUGCAUGUACCAUAUUCCAUUGGAAAAUGGCCUAUUAUGUAAUGGAAUGAUAAAGCUCGUCACUGAAUGUCUGUAUUCUUCAUUGGUCAAAAGAUGAAUUUGCUUUCAGUUAAUUUUUUUUAUAUCAUUUACAUUUUUUUUUAAUUGUGCUCAUACAUUUUAUUGCCAAAGAUUCAUGUACUGAAAUAUAUUACUGUUCCAUUUUAUACGUACUAAAGCAUAUACUUUGAUCUUUUUUUGGGGGGGGGGGGGAUGAAAAUAUGCCAUAUUGUGCUUGUAUAAUUUUUGAAUUGCUGCAUUGUAUAUGUGGUAGAUGCUCCAAUACAACUGUGAAUUCAAUUUUGUUCUAAGGACAUGCUUAAGCAUGCAUAUGCAUGGUUGAAAUAAAUACAGCCUUACUUGCCCAAU